ACUUCCUACCCCUCACUGUCCGGCCUGCUCCCUUUUCCCCCCUCCCGGGGGCCGAAGGCUCUGGCUGCCGCCAGCGGCCUGCGGGCCAAGUAGGAUUUCCGGGGGAAACUACUGUGGAGGCUAAGUAAGCUGCGGCGGCAACCCGGAAACUAUAUCCUACCUCCGUAAAUUGGUUAAUAGUGACAUGGAAGAUCCACUUGUGUGCACCCUGGAAUGACAGGCAUUCCUGUGUGAAGAGAGCCAGCGUGAAGACGUAUUUGUAAGAACCACAAGUGCCCAGGCCAGGAUACAGGGAGAGAGAAAACUCCAGCGGAUUGACCUCAUACCAUUUCCUGAUGUUUGGCAGUGAUACUGAGAGAGGAGUGCACGUCCCCUCCUUAUGUGGAUUUAUCUUUUAAGGAAAGUUCGCUUUGGUCCAGCACAGUUUGUUGUCGUGAGACACAUCAGACAAUAUAAUCAUGGGGCAAGCUGAUGUCUCCAGACCGGUAAAUCCAGAUGCAAUUGACUUCUCCAGAGAACCCUGAGACAGUAGAAGAAGCCGACCAGCCCACUGCCGACGCAGGCAUGAUCAUGGACAGCGUGGAAGCAGGGGGAGACACGACGCCUCCCACGAAAAGGAAGAGCAAGUUCUCAGGCUUCGGCAAGAUCUUCAAGCCCUGGAAAUGGAGGAAAAAAAAAAGUAGUGAUAAAUUCAAAGAGACAUCAGAAGUUUUAGAGCGAAAAAUAUCUAUGCGAAAACCAAGAGAAGAGCUGGUUAAAAGAGGGGUUCUGUUGGAGGACUCUGCACUGGAUGGUGAGGACCCAGGGAAGCUGAACCAUGCCAUGUUGAAGAAUGGCCAUACCACCCCCAUAGGGAGCACCAGAUCUUCUAGUCCAGUCCAAGUAGAAGAAGAGCCAGGAAGAGGAGCAGGUCUUGGGAAACCUGUUCCAGAAGAGGACCCAAAGAAGCGCCUAGGCUCAACUGGAAGCCAGCCUAAUUCUGAAGCAGAGUCCGUUCCUGAGAAUGCACCCAAGCAGCCUUUACUUCCCCCUAAAAGGCCACUGUCCUCUUCUUAUGAAACAAAUGAAGGACAAGCAAAGGAUGCCACUUCCUCUGGCAGCACAGCAAGGUCCAUGUCCUCCACCUCCAUCGCCGCCGCUACCAUAACACCUGCUGCCACUGCCACCGUCACAAACCUACCAAAAACUGUUAUUAAUUCCUCUGUCCCCCCUUCCCCAGCGCCCAGGACUCUGCCUGCUGCUCCUGUGAGCACUAACACUACUGCUACCCCGAGCCUCCCUCAGACAGUCCCUGCCAAGCAGCCCCCUAUCCCUCCCCCUAAACCAACAAACAGAAAUAGCAACCCUGUCAUUGCAAUAAACAGUGGUACAUUGUUAUCAAAACCAUCCCCACCCUUACCACCUAAGAGAGGCAUCCCAUCAACCUUGGUACCCACCUCAGAGUCUGCCAUCCCCACCACCACCACGAAAGCUCCAAGCGAUCACAGAGAGAAGAGCACAUGUUCUGUGGGUUCUGAACAGCUGAUGAUGAUCCCACCUCGCUCUCCGUCCCCCCCACUGCCUACUCAUAUACCUCCAGAGCCCCCACGGUCCCCUCCAUUCCCUGCUAAGACUUUUCAAGUUGUGCCAGAAAUUGAGUUUGCACCUUCCUUAGAUCUACCCCAGGAGGUUCUCCAGCAGGAGGACCAGAAAAAGGAAGUGCCCAAGAGGAUGUUGGAUCACAGCUUUGGGGAGCCCCAUGUACCCUCUAGGCUGCCCCCACUCCCACUGCAUAUCCGAAUCCAGCAGGCCCUCACCAGCCCACUUCCCAUGAUUCCUUCCUUGGAGGGCUCUCACAGAGCUCAUUCGUUGCUCUUCGAGAACAGUGACAGCUUUUCUGAGGACAGCAAUACCCUGGGUCGUACCAGGUCACUUCCCAUCACUAUUGAGAUGCUGAAAGUUCCAGACGAUGAAGAAGAGGAGCAGACACAUCCAUCUGCAUUCAGUGAAGACAUGCCACCUACCUCAGCCGUCCCUAAGCUGCCGCAGUGUCUGCAGGAGGAAGAGGAAGAGAAGGAGAGUGACUCAGACUCAGAAGGUCCCAUUCAGUACCGAGACGAAGAGGAUGAAGAUGAAAGCCAGAAUAGUGCUCUGGCCAACAAAGUAAAGAGGAAAGACACACUGGCAAUGAAGUUGAACCACAGACCCAGUGAACCAGAGUUGAACUUGAAUUCUUGGCCUCGAAAAAGCAAAGAGGAGUGGAAUGAAAUACGGCACCAGAUUGGGAACACACUGAUCCGGCGACUGAGUCAAAGACCAACCCCAGAAGAACUUGAACAACGAAAUAUACUACAGCCUAAAAACGAAGCUGAUCGUCAGGCAGAGAAACGAGAGAUUAAACGGCGGCUCACGAGAAAGCUCAGUCAAAGGCCAACUGUGGCUGAACUACUUGCCAGGAAGAUUCUGAGGUUUAAUGAGUAUGUGGAGGUAACAGAUGCUCAAGAUUAUGACCGGCGAGCGGACAAACCAUGGACCAAACUGACCCCUGCGGACAAGGCUGCCAUAAGAAAAGAGCUGAACGAAUUUAAAAGCUCAGAGAUGGAGGUUCAUGAAGAGAGCAAACAUUUUACACGCUACCAUCGUCCAUGAUGCUGAAGUUUGAGAAAGGAACUAAACAACCCCCCAAAACAGGGCUACUUUGCUGCUUUGGUCCCCAGAAUGACAAGGCGGGAACUUGAGCACUCACCAGCACAGCCAGAAUUGAGUCCUCUGGGGUGAACAGCACUUCUAUGAAUGUAGCAUUUCACUGGAAUGGAUUCCCACGUGCUGCCUUGAGGAAAAACUGAACACUGUCAGUGCUUUGAACUUUUGAAUAUUGCAGCAUAUUUGAGGGAUCUUCCCUCAGCAGCCACAAGCGACCUGGGCCACUUGCAGGUUCCAAGUUGUAUUGGCUGCAUCACAGCCUCGCCCCACAACGCCUGCCUGUGCUGAGACACAGUUCACACCAUCAGCCUUACCUGCUCUGUCCUGGUUGUGAGACCCAUUGUGUAGGCACUAAAUUCCAGCCAUGAAAUCCAGUUGGUGGUGGGGAAAACCGAGGGCCCCAACCUUCUGGCAAAGGGGCACCCACUUCCAGGGGAAGCCUUCACACCACACUGGCACGUCAACAUUGCACUAUACCUCUUGUAACACAGCAAUACAGUCCUUUUCAGGCCGUUGAGCCUGAAAGAAGCUCAGGAUCUGACAAGUGCUUGCUUCCUUUUUGACACAGAUUAUCCUGAUUUUUAUUUUUUUUUAAAGUCUUGAAGUAGUAAUGGAAACUUAUGUUCACUCUGACCUGCAACCAGAUUUCAAGUUGGAAAAGGGCAAAAGUAUGUGUAUUUUCUAAAUACAAAACCAAAAGAGCAUUUAUGUUAAUGCCAACUUGGCAGAAAACUGACCCAUGGCCUAAAUGUUGUACUUUUAUUGUACCAAAUGAUAGCGUGCAUCGUUUUGACCAAUAGGUACAUUCCCCUCCACAAAGCAGAGUCGUAGCAACUCUGGGAGCGCUUGUGUGCUGCCAGUCCCCACACUCUCAGGCAGAGUCACAGCAAGGUCCUAGGGGUGUUGGGCGCUAAAUAGGAAGGGUCUUUCGAGAAAUAAUUAGGAGAACCGUCAUGACCCACUGCUCCUCUCCCUCAGCACAAACGUCGGUCCUCUCCUGCUGCGCAUCCCGGGCAGCUUCCACCUCACUCAUCCCUACUCUUCCAGGUGUAGUUGGUGCCUGGGCAUGGGCACAGCCCCCACUCCCUUUUUUUGUAAUAUGUAAUAAUACGAUUUCCUAAAACAUGAUUCAGUUACCUUCUUUAAAUUUGUAUUGAAGACCUCACAGCCUCACUAUUUCCCUCUAAUUCCACACUAAGUGGAAGAAAAAAAUAGUUUCUACUUAACUGAUGAAUGUGGCUGUUUCUCUUUCAUGUUCAGAAAAUUGUGGCUGUUUCAUAGAUUUCUUCUGCUGUCCCCAUUGUUCUUUAUGUAAUUUCAAUAUAUUUUUCUAUCUUUCUCCUUUCAUGUCAGUUCAUAUUUGCUGAAGAAUCAGAAUGUCAUGUCAAAACAAAAAAGUUAAAGCAAUCUUAAAGAGUAGUGUCCUCUGGAGAAUGGGAGUUACUGGAUUUCUCAGUUACUGUCAAGUCCUUUAUGGCCAUAGAGAUAUACUGGAUUCACAGCUGCUUGAAACUUAACGUUUGGUAGGACUGACAGAAAGCUGAGUGACAACUGUACAAAGUUGUUAGAGGUCUGUAUAUAAGGUGGCCACACAUUAACUGCUAACUUGACUUUUUCUAACCUUUCUAUCUUGGUUUGGGGAUUAGUUGGCUUAUGCCAGAAUCUUCUGUGGCUUAUAGUGACAUUUUCAAACAGUUCCUUCACUGCCUUUCUUUCCCCUAAUGUGCCAAGCUUGAAGUGGGAUUUGAUUUCCUGAGUUACUUGUCUGCUUUCUAUGUGCCACCAACGAAUCUAGUUAAUCUUUCAUCUCAUUCAUGUUCUUUUGAAAGAAGACACUUUGGGGGUCAAGUCUUUUCAGGUGUUUAAAAAAAACAUAUAUAUAUAUAAAAGGAUUUUAUGUCCUUUCCAUGUAAGUAACAAGUCACAAUCAUGCUGUAUAGAAGAAAUAAAAGCCUGAUGUAUUGUACUUCAAAAUGCUUCCCUGAUGUACAGAAUCUCCUUGUAAAAUAAGUAAUUGCAUUGUAUAUCAGUCUUCCUACCAACAUUAAUUAUUAAAGUAUUUUAGAAUUUAAAAAAAAAA